CGAACGGCCGCUGAGCCAUUGCUCUUCGCCUACACCUGCCGCCAUGGCAUCCAUAUUCCAGGCGUGGCCGCAGUUGCGGACGGCUGCCCCGCGACUCUCGAAACGACUCUUCAUCGCCAAGCCGUGCAUCAACUCGCCUAUUCGUCCCGCCGUGCCCGUCUCGCGAUGCGCUGCACCCCGGCCUUCCGUCUUGCAGACAGUGCGCUGGAAGUCGACACAGCCGCUGCGGAAUAGCGCAACAAGUGAAGCAGCAGGGAGGGCUGCGAUUGUGGAGGCUGCAGCGACGAGUGAGACCAAGAGCGAGGCCAAAGCGAGCAGCUUUCCCAAGACAACACCGAAGAGCGUGGCAUACUGGCUACUGGGAAGCGCAGCAAGCGUCUUUGGCAUUGUCAUCUUUGGAGGCCUUACGCGACUCACAGAGUCUGGAUUGAGUAUUACCGAAUGGAAGCCUGUCACUGGUUCACUGUGGCCCGGAAGCCCGGAAGCUUGGGAAGAGGAGUACACCAAGUACAAGUCGUCGCCUGAGUUUGCCAUGCUCAACUCCAGCAUGACCCUGUCCGAGUUCAAGCAGAUCUACUUCAUGGAAUGGGCCCACCGCCUAUGGGGUCGUGUCAUUGGUGUUACCUUCCUCCUACCCACCGUUUACUUCAUCGCCCGCAAACGAGUCAACCCCUCGAUGGCUUUCAAGCUCGUUGGUAUCUGUGGUAUGAUCGGCUUCCAAGGCGUCAUCGGCUGGUGGAUGGUCAAGAGUGGUCUCAAGGAUGACCUGUUCGAGCCUGGUAGCCACCCUCGUGUCAGUCAGUACCGCCUGACUGCCCAUCUUGGCGCUGCGUUCCUCGUCUACUGCUCCAUGGUCCUCACCGGUCUCAACGUUCUCAAGGAGCAUCGUAUGCUUGCCAACCCCACGGCAGCUGCUGAGUCUAUCAAGGCUCUGCAGUCGCCCGUACUUAAAGUCUUCCGCCGCUCUGUCGUUGGUCUCGCCCUCCUCGUCUUCGUCACAGCCAUGUCUGGUGCUCUCGUCGCUGGUCUCGAUGCUGGUCUGAUCUACAACGAGUUUCCCUGGAUGGGUCUCGGCCUCACACCGCCUAGGAAGGAGCUCUUCGACCCAUGGUACAGUCACGCCCCUGACCAGUCUGACCUCUACUGGCGCAAUGCUCUCGAGAACCCUUCGCUCGUGCAGCUUGAUCACCGUAUCCUGGCUACUACUACUUUCACGGCCAUCAUGGCACUCAUGGCAUACACCCGCUUGUCCAAGGGUGUCCGCAGCACCAUCCCCAAAGAUGCUAAGAAGGGUGUGCUUGGCAUGGUGCAUCUCGUAACUCUGCAGGUCACUCUCGGCAUCAGCACGCUCAUCUACAUGGUUCCUACAUGGCUGGCGUCUGCCCACCAGGCUGGUGCUUUGGCACUGCUUACUGGCGCCGUUGUCCUGUACAGCAGGAUUUCGAUGCCCCGCCGCGCCAUCCUGAACCAGGUCAUGAGGCAGGGCGUUCCGAAGACCCAUGCUGUGCCGCACAUUAACGCUCGUUUGGAAGCUGCAAAGACGGCUGAGAAGAGUUUGUAAGAAUAUCCAUGUCACGAUCUCCUAUCAUAUACUGUACUUUUAUGUACCUAGCAUUGGGCGGCGAACAAGAACCUCAUUGUACGUAUACCAUCUGCAGCUUAUCAGAGCCGCAACUAUAGAAUUGCAUCUAUUUCCU